CCUUCCCCAUUCAGUCCCUCCCUUAUCAUCACAACUCAGUCGGAGAAGAACACAGACCUUGUGCGUUAAAUUUAGAAAGGGAUUUUCGAAAUGACUUCCAGUGUUUUCCUAAUCUAAUGCUUUGCAUUUCCAAUCGUUGACUUUUGAACAGAGCUGUGAGUUGGUGUCUAUAGAGGCAAGAAAAUGGCGUCCGAUCCUGAGCGGCCCACCCUCUCGUCUCUCGGGAAGGUAGGGAAAUCCUCUGGUGAAGUCACUGAGGCAGAGGAACCUCUCCUUAAUGGAGGUCACAAUUCAGAAAGUUACUCUGUCCUUGCAGCUAUUCUUCCAUUUCUUUUCCCAGCUUUCGGUGGACUAUUAUAUGGUUAUGAUAUUGGUGCUACAUCUUGUGCCACAAUUUCUGUUGAGUCAGCUGAAUUAAGUGGAAUCUCAUGGUACAACUUGUCUUCAGUGGAGAUUGGUCUCAUAACUAGUGGCUCGUUGUACGGCGCACUGAUUGGCUCCGUCUUGGCAUUUAAUAUUGCCGAUUUUCUAGGAAGAAGAAGGGAGUUGAUGCUGGCUGCUCUUUUUUAUCUUGUUGGCGCUCUUGUCACAACUUUUGCGCCUAACUUUCCAGUAAUGGUGAUUGGUCGUUUUGUCUAUGGCGUAGGAAUUGGCUUGGCAAUGCAUGCUGCUCCAAUGUACAUUGCGGAGACAGCUCCAAGUGAGAUACGUGGCCAACUGAUCUCUCUCAAAGAGUUCUUUAUAGUUCUUGGGAUGGUUGCAGGUUAUGGAAUUGGUAGCCUUUUGGUUGAUGUAGUGGCUGGUUGGCGCUACAUGUACGGAGCUAGUACCCCUUUAGCAGUGAUUAUGGGUAUUGGAAUGUGGUGGCUACCUGCAUCACCUAGGUGGCUGCUUCUCUGUGCCAUGCAAGGAAAGGGAAAUUUGCAGGAUUUAAGAGAAAUUGCAAUAUCGUGCAUGUGUCGACUUAGGGGUCAAGCAACUGCUCCAGUAUCGAUUCAAGUAGAUGAGAUUGUAACUGAGCUCUCUAAUAUUGGUGAAGAAAAAGAAGCUACAUUCGGAGAAAUGUUUCGUGGAAAAUGCUUGAAAGCCCUUGUAAUUGGGGCAGGAUUAGUCUUGUUUCAGCAGAUUACAGGGCAGCCUAGUGUGCUAUAUUAUGCAGCAUCAAUCUUUCAGACUGCAGGAUUUUCUGCAGCAUCUGAUGCAACAAGGGUCUCAAUUCUGCUUGGGCUCUUAAAGUUGAUCAUGACUGGGAUAGCUGUCAUUGUUGUUGAUAGACUUGGUAGGAGACCUUUGCUGCUUGGAGGUGUCUCUGGGAUGGUUGUCUCUUUAUUCCUUCUUGGAUCAUAUUAUCUUUUCCUGGAUAAUUUGCCAGUUGUGGCUGUUGUUGCACUGCUGCUAUAUGUGGGGUGUUAUCAGUUAUCUUUUGGACCUAUUGGUUGGCUAAUGAUUUCGGAGAUAUUUCCGCUGCGCCUAAGGGGACGAGGACUCAGUAUAGCAGUGCUUGUAAAUUUUGGUGCAAAUGCACUGGUGACAUUUGCAUUUUCUCCUCUUAAGGCGCUGCUGGGAGCUGGAAUCUUGUUUUAUGGAUUUGGAGUGAUUGCUGUGUUGUCUCUGAUUUUCAUAUUCUUUAUCGUCCCAGAGACCAAGGGCCUCACUCUUGAGGAAAUUGAGGCCAAAUGCUUGUAGGUUUAUAGUGAUUGUGAAGUAUUGAACGAUGUUUUGUAUCAGCAUGUCGAAUAAACAAAUCUCUCUAGAUACUUUUGAUAUUCAGAGCGAUGUUAUAUUUAUUUGAUAUUUAAUGUUUGCCGCCACUUGUUUGGCAU